UAAGCAAAUUUAACACUGUCACCCCUGAACUUCCAACUCUUCACCUUGAAGCCGUCGCAGCAAAACCCUAGAAAACUCUACAGCCUCGUUUUCCCUGUUUUCCGGGUGAGGAAAUGGCGACAGUACCGGGGCAGCUGAUAUGGGAGAUCGUGAAGAAGAACAACUCCUUUUUGGUUAAGGAGUUUGGCAACGGCACCGCUAGCGUCAAGUUUACCAAGGAGCCCAACAAUCUUUGCAACCUCCACUCUUACAAGCAUUCUGGAUUGGCAAACAAGAAGACAGUGACCAUUCAUCCAGGGGGCAAAGAUCAGUCUGUGUUGCUUGCUACAACAAAGACCAAGAAACAGAACAAGCCCGCAGCUUUGUCUAACAAGUCUGUCAUGAAGAAGGAGUUCCGUAGAAUGGCCAAGGCUGUGACAAACCAGGUGGCAGAUAACUAUUACAGGCCUGAUCUGAAGAAGGCUGCUCUUGCAAGGUUGAGUGUUGUUCACAGGAGCCUCAAGGUUGCCAGGUCCGGCGUUAAGAAGAGGAAUAGACAAGCAUAAGGCAUAGAAAUGUCAUUUUCAAAGUGUAGCAGUGAAGAGCUGUGUUUUGCUCGUUUUUCAUUUUGGAUUUUGGUUUUAAUACUUGGCUGCUUUUUGGGUUCUAGAGUCUCUAAAAUUUUUGUUUCCGACCUUUCUAUAUUUUUCUUCUUGAGCUAUGGAUGAAAAUAGUUAUGAACCCAUGUUGGUUGCGUAGUUUAUGGAGCAGAUAUUUGUUUCUGUACCAGUUUCAUCAAUCACCACUUAAAACGACGACCUUUUUCUAGGGAAUUGAUGAUA